GAAUAAGCACUAAACAAUAAAACGAAGAAGAUGACGUCCUUUAAUACUAGAGCCAAAACAAAAUUUAUUUCACCACCAGCAUGGCUUAAGCCGAAAUACGAUUGUGCAGAUCUGAGACUACCCGAAUUAUUUCUGUAUUUAAAAAGGAAACUAAGGGCUAUCGAUGCCGAAAUUAAAAAAUUUCUAAAAAAGUCUAAAAAGAAACAAUUCAGAACUCGUGAACUUAAAUGGAAAAUCCGAAACAUUAUUCUCGAUAUGAAAAAGGUUGAUAAUAUGAGUUACUCGUUAGCGCAUUAUAGUAUUCCAGUUAAUUUCCUCCGAAAGGUCAAUGAAAAUUUAGCUUGUGGUUUGCCUGUACUUAAUAACAUUCAACGUCCUAUACCUGAAAUGACACUCCACAGCAAACUCUGCAAAGUUUUCCUUAAAUGCGGAUGGAUAUUUCUUAAAAGAACGUUUCCUGAAGAAGGCUAUAAGUGUAGUUUAUAUCGACAAAUUAGAAAAUAAUUUUUGUAUAUUAUAAGAAAUAUUUUUUUUGA